AUGGAUAAGUUUCGGAUGAUGUUCCAGUUCUUGCAGGCUAAUCAAGAGUCAUUCAUGAAUGGAAUAUGUGGAAUUAUGGCCCUGGCAAGCGCUCAGCUUUACUCGUCCUUUGAGUUUACUUGUCCGUGUCUUCCGGAAUAUAAUUAUGCUUACGGAAUCGGUAUUCUGAUAGUUCCAGCAAUAUGGUUUUUUAUUCUUGGAUAUGUACUGAAUAAUAAUGUAUCGAUACUGACAGAGGAGUGGAGACGUCCUGCAGGCAAGCGCGGAAAGGAUCCAUCUAUCUUGCGAUAUAUGUUCUGCUCCAUGACGCAGCGCGCUUUGAUUGCGCCUGCAGUUUGGAUAUCUGUAACCCUGAUGGACGGAAAAAGUUUUUUAUGCGCCUAUAGUGCCAGGAUGGACUUGCGGCAGUUCUUAAAUGACAGCCAUGAUGUUCUACCCGAGAAAGACCUCGUGAGAUUACUAGCGAAAAUUCCCUGUAAAACUAUAUUCGAUGGACAUGAUGUUAUUUCCAGGGAAGGAGCUACGAGAUAUAUUCGCUGCAUGUCACAGGCCUUCGGAUGGAUGUUUUUGCUGACGAUGACUUUGGUGGCAUUUAUGGUACGAGCAGUCAGACCUUGCUUUACCCAGGCAGUCUUCUUGAAGACCAAGUACUGGUCCCAUUACAUUGACACGGAGCGCAAGCUCUUCAAUGAAACGUGCAGGGAACACGCCAAGAGCUUCGCCAAGGUCUGCAUACAGCAGUACUUCAAAAGCAUCAGUGAGGAAAUAGUGCCGUUCCACAAUCAGAGCCACAGCGAGGAAGGAAAAGAGAAGCAUGAGGAUGAAGAUGAACACACAAGUGAUGAUGAGAAGCUCCUGGGCAUCCAUGAAAAGGAGGACAUGAACAAAGUUCUCUGGAAUUGGCACACCUGUAAACCCCCACUACAGCUUUACAAACACAAAAAAGAUGGAAGCCUGAAUGGCCAAUCAAGUGCUGAUGUCCAAACUAGCAGCUAUUAUGGUCACAGAUCUAUAAAGAAUAGAUGUGCAGCCUAUUACUCCAAAGUCUAAUGAUG